AUGGCUUCCGGUUCAGACAGUGGCGCCUUUUUAGGGCAUGGCAGCUUGAAGAACCAGCGUGGAGACACCGUUAGUGCGCAGGAGCUCCAUGGCAAGUCCGUCGGUCUGCUGUUCUGCGACGGCAACAACCCGCGCUGCCGAUCAAUCACACCAUUUCUCAUACAGUUCUACAACAGCGUGAAUGGACCGGGGACAGCGCCGAAGAUAGAAAUCGUCUACGUGAGCUGCGACGCUACACGCGAAGCGUUCGAUAACAACGUUAGGCGCAUGCCGUGGCUGCACCUGGACUACGACGACUCGUUGCUGCCGGUGCUGCGUCACAGGUAUAACGUCAUCGAGUGCGACUCGGAGUACGGCAACUUCAACUCGGUGGAGAUACCGUCCAUCAUUGUGGUCAACAGCCACGGCAGCGAGAUCCAGCGGUUCCCUCUGUACCACGGCCGUGAGCAGAGUGCGCAGGCUCUGAGGCGUUGGGACUGGCGCAACUGCCUUUUCGCAUGA